AUGAGAUAUUUUUCAAAGAGGACUCUGAAACCCUUGUUUUCAGUAGUUAUUCUGAUAGCGAUUGUCGUAACGGUUGCUCUCUACGUUACGAAUGAGGACUAUUUGCAAGCAGUCAAGGAUAGUGCCAAAUCUCAUUACGCUGCUGUGCGGGAAGGCUAUAAUAGCAUCACAGGUGAUACCGAAAGCUCUGAAGAGCUUCCAGAUCAUGACACUGAAAUUCUGAACAAUAUAUUGGAUAGGUUACAUGAGCCUCUUUAUGAUAAGGACACAUUUGAUCCUGUUGAAGUCCUUGCUGAGAAUGAACAGUUGUACGAUGAGAUUUUAGCUCAAGAAAUUACUGAGCCAAAAGUAGACAAUUUGGUACGCAGCGGGGAUCCAUUAUCGGGCAAGGGAAAUGGAACCAUUUUGAGUUUGGUGAAAAACAGUGACUUGGAGAAUAUUAUAGGAAGUAUUCGGCAACUUGAAAAGCAAUACAAUAAGAAUUUUGGCUAUCCUUAUACCUUCCUUAACGAUGAGGAAUUCACGGACGAAUUCAAAGAUGGCAUACGGAACAUUUUACCUAAGGAUCGAAUCGUAAAUUUCGGUAUCAUUAGUCCUGACAAAUGGAAUAUGCCUGAUGGUAUCGACAGGGAAAGAUACGAUAAAGAAAUGGAAAAAAUGGAGACGGGAGAAGUUUCAUACGCCAAAGUGGAAUCAUACCAUAACAUGUGUCGUUUCUAUUCCAAAGAAUACUAUAAUCACCCCCUCCUCUCCGAGUACAGAUACGUGUGGAGACUAGAACCAAGCGUCGAUUUCUAUUGCAAAAUCGAAUACGACAUUUUCCAGUUCAUGAGCAUGAACGACAAGAUCUAUGGAUUUGUUUUGAAUGUUUACGACGAUCCCGAGACUAUCAGAACGCUCUGGACUUCCACAAUGGAGUUUGUUAAAGAACAUCCGGAUUAUUUAAAUGUUGGUGGAGCUUUCAAAUGGCUGAAAGAUAAUUCUCAAAACCCAAAAUGUUAUGAAGAUACUCAGGGAUAUUCUACUUGUCACUUCUGGACAAAUUUUGAAAUAGUUGAUUUGGAGUUUCUGAGGUCAGAACCUUAUGAACAGUACGUGCAAUUUCUUGACAAGAAAGGAGGAUUCUACUAUGAAAGAUGGGGUGACGCCCCUGUGAGAAGUCUUGCACUUGCACUGUUUGCCGAUAAAUCGCGAAUUCAUUGGUUUAGAGACAUAGGCUAUCAUCACCUUCCCUACGCGAAUUGUCCAACUUGUCCGGACGAUUCAGACAGAUGCAAUGGGACAUGUAUACCAGGCAAAUUUAGUGAUUUUGAAGACAAGAUCAUGUACAAACAAAAUUGUCAGGCAACGUGGAUUAAACAUUCUAUGACUGACGAAGAGUUGCAUAUGUAUUAA